AUGGCUAAAGACAUGGCUGGAACGGGGCAAGGGCAUUCUGAGCCGCUUGCCAUCGUAGGGUUCGCCUUUGAGUUCCCGUCCGGGAUCACGAAUCCAGAAUCUUUCUGGGAAAUAUUGGUAAAUGGGAAAAUCGGCCUCGGAGACGUACCCGACGAUAGAUUUAACCUUGGAGCAUUCCAUGAAACGAAAUCCAGUGACAACAAGAGUCAAAAAGCACAGGGUUAUUUUAUCAAAAACGAUAUCUCUGCGUUCGAUGCCCCCUUUUUCUCUAUAACAGCCGAAGAGGCUGUGGCAAUGGACCCUCAACAGAGACUACUACUCCAAACUGCCUAUCACGCUUUUGAAAACGCCGGCCUAACCUUGGACAGUAUCAACGGAAGCAAAACAUCUGUUCACGUUGGCUGCCUAUCACAGGAUUAUAAAGUAGGAAAUAACAAAGACUCGGAAGCCUCUCCGAAAUAUGCUGCAACUGGCGACGAAUUCACCAUCUUAGCAAAUAGGCUAAGCUGGUUUUACAACUUAAACGGACCCAGUAUGUCAGUGGAGACAGCUUGUUCAAGCAGUUUAGUUGCUUUGGACCUGGCGUGUCAACUCCUCAGAAGCGGCGAUACAGACAUUGGUCUAGUUGCGGGUACCAGUUUGAUUCACCAACCAGACUUUUAUAUCCACUUGGACAAUAUGGGGUUUCUAUCUCUUGAUAAUAGAUGCCACAGCUUUGACUCCCGUGCAAAUGGGUAUGCCCGUGCUGAAGGAAUCGGUGUUGUUUUAGUCAAAAGACUAUCAGAUGCUAUCAGAGACGGGAACACGAUCCGAACUGUAAUUCGUGCAACCGGCAGUAAUUCAGAUGGGCAUACGCCCGGUAUUACUCAGCCAAGCGGCACCUCCCAGCUGGCGUUAAUUAAAGAUACAUAUAAAAAAGCCGGUAUAUCGAUGGACGAAACGCGAUAUUGCGAAGCUCACGGAACAGGCACUACUAUCGGAGACCCUACAGAGUCUCAUGCCAUCGGCGCCGCUUUUCGGGCUGCCCGUAGCUCCGAGGAUCCCCUAUAUAUAGGCGCUGUCAAAGCCAAUAUUGGACAUAUGGAAGCAGCAAGUGGUAUAGCGGGGAUUAUCAAGACUGUACUAGUCCUGGAGCGGGGAGUGAUACCACCCAUCGCCGACCUCGUUGAGCUCAACCCACGUAUUGACCAUACGUUUUACAAGCUCAAGUUUCCCGUCGAGCCGAUACCUUGGCCUACAAAAGGUUUACGCAGAGCGUCUGUAAAUUCAUUUGGCUAUGGAGGGACAAAUGCCCACGUCGUUAUGGACGACGCUCACAAUUUCCUCGCUGAAUAUGGACUCAAGGCCAAUCAUAACACCGCGAGCUUGCCACCAGUUAUCGAGCGUGAGGGUAAAAUUAGGUUGCUUGGCGAUAGGAGCACGGAGAAUAUUGACUCUACGACCACUUCAAGGCCAUAUCUGCUCAUGCUGUCUGCAGCAGACCGCGAGGGGCCCCAACGAAUUGCAAAUAUUUAUACCGAUUACUUGAAGGAAAUGGCGCAUCCAGGCGACACAGUUGCGAAUUCUGCUCUGUGCCGACGACUAGCGUUUACAUUGGAAAAGCGCCGUAGCCUCCUACCAUGGAGGGGAUACACAAUAAUAGACCCACAGCAACUCUCCUCCUCCGAUUCAAUUACGAAGGGAUUCUCUGUACCAGUACAACCUCCUUCCUCCCCGUGCCUGGCAUUCGCUUUCACCGGCCAGGGUGCUCAGUGGGCAAGAAUGGGAAUUCAAUUCAUGCAAUAUUCAGUAUUCGCGCGAAGUAUCCGAAUAUCCGCAAAAUAUUUGCGCGGUUUCGGCUGCUCUUGGGAUCUUGAAGAGGAACUUAGCAGGGAUGCAUCAAAUUCCCGGGUCAAUGAUACGGAUAUAAGCCAACCUCUGUCGACAGCCCUUCAAAUUGCCCUCGUAGAUCUGUUGGAGCAUAUAAAGAUAAGGCCUGCAGUUGUCAUCGGCCAUUCAUCUGGAGAGGUUGCGGCAGCAUACUGCAAAGGUGCCCUCUCCCAGGAAAGUGCCUUAAAAAUCGCAUAUUUUAGAGGUAUGGGGGGAGCAUCAGAAGCUAGAGAUCCCAACCGUAAUGGCACGAUGAUUGCUGUGGGGCUUGGCGAAGCAGAAAUCCUACCCAUUCUUCAAGAAUUAGCCGCGAAGGGUUACGAAGAUAUCUACAUCGGGUGUAUGAAUAGCCCCAGUAACGUUACCGUUACUGGCGACGCGGAUCAGCUUAAUAUUUUGAAGGGCAUCCUAGAUGAGAGAGGCGUCUUUGUGCGCAAAGUUAAAGUGCCUUGCGCUUACCACUCGCCGCAUAUGAUACCGAUCGCCAAAAAAUAUGUUCAGCAAGCUGGUCCUCUUGAACGACGUGACGUGAGGCCUGAUGAUAUUAUUCACAUGAUCUCUUAUGUUGACGGGAAACACGUUUCCGGUGAGCGCCUUCGAGAAUUAGAUUACUGGAUGACAAACCUUUACUCCCCGGUUCGCUUUACAGAAAAUGCAGGUGGGAUAGAUCGUCUGGCAUUUCUUGCGAAAACUAAGGGACGAAAGAAACUGGACCUCAGCCACAGAAAAGGAAUGAUGGUUACCAAUAUUUUGGAAAUUGGGCCUCAUGGUGCUUUACGAAGCCCACUCCGGGAAAUUAUGAAGACAUUUGAGCAUGCGUCAAAGACCAUCAAAUAUGACACAGUUCUGGUACGCGGAAGUAGUACUGUGGAGCCUCUUCUUCAAGCAGUGGGAAGCCUGCGAUGUUGUGGAUUUAACCCAGAUAUUUCGUACCUCAAUCGCGACGAAGAAAACCAAGAGACAGCACCCCUCGUGGACCUUCCAUCGUACCCAUUUAAAUCGAGUAGCUACUGGGCAGAGAGUCGCCGUAGUAAAGAUGAAAGAUUCCGCCGCCGCAAGCCCAGUGAGCUACUGGGCACCCCCACUCCUGACUGGCAGCCUUUCUGUGGCGCCUGGAGGAAUUAUUUGAGCCGGUCAAAAUCUACUUGGAUGGAAGACCACAAGCUUGACAACGUAAUCCUGUACCCUGGAGCUGGCAUGGUGACUAUGGCAAUCGAAGCAAUGAACCAGUACGCCUUGGAUACUCUAGGGAUAAUUCCUAAGGCCUUUUGCCUGGCUGACGUCGAAUUCGUUGCUGCCAUACAAAUCCCGGAGGUUUCUUCGAGCCUGGAAGUGCAUACACAUUUGCGAGUGCUAGGAGACUCAUAUAAACCCGGUGCAUGGUUCGAAUUUACAAUUUAUUCACAUCAGGGUGAUCUAUGGAAGCUGAAUUGCAGAGGACGUGUCCGGGCCGAGGCUAAUACUAACAGCUACAAAAUUACAUUUCGUAAAUCUGGAGCCGCUGACGCUACGACCUCUCUCCAAGUAGAUGAAUUCUACGACAAAACUACAAAGUCCGGUUACCAGUUCGGUCCUUCAUUUCAAAGAAUCAGUAAACUUCAAUCUUCGCCGUUGACUCCGGGCCUUUUACAAGGCGUAAUCAGCGUUUACGAUCGGGUGGGACCUGACUCUCUUGGAAAACGGGGCUUGCGUGCGAUGGAUUGGAAUCAUAUCAUACAUCCAGCAACAUUGGACGCAGUCCUCCAAAUGACUCUUGCCAAUGUUACAUUCACAGAGUAUGCACAAGACUCCAUACCUGUCAUGGUCCCAACCAAAGUCAAAAGGCUAUGGAUCUCGAGCACGGGUUUAAGCCAUCCGGAUUCGUCUUCCCUAUCCGUGACUACUUGGUGCGAGCUUUCUGGCUAUGAGCAUACUAUUCAAGUGAUAAACCACCGGAGCCCUGAAGAUAUCAAAGUCGAAAUUACUGGAUUAGAAAUGACCAUUAUUUCUAGCAAAGCCGAUGGCCCUUCCAAUGUAAUCUCACCAAAAGAACUUCACGUUUGCUGGAAUACCGCCUGGAAAGCACUGCCUUCCGUAACGACAGACCUUCCCAGUGUCUCCAAAAAGACAGAGCUAAGCACAAGCAUUGUGGGGCGCCAACUCGCGGUCGAGAUCUAUCUUCCUAGCUCACCUACAGUGGGCGCCGUCGAUCUUGGUACCACUCUACAGCUAAAGUUGAAAGAUUUUGGCUACCCUAACCCUAGAAUCAUUGAGUUUGAGCAAGCAACAAGCGUUGAAAACUCGAAGGCUGAUCUUAAGAUCAUUCUCUGGGACGUGGACAGAGAGUCCUAUUUAGCCAGCCUAGGUGAAAAGUCUCUUGCUAUUUUGAAAAAAGUUCUAGACUCUAGAAAAACUAUUUUGUGGGUUCGAACUUCGGAUUCGCCUUCGGCACAUAUAGUCGAUGGGUUGUCAAGGGUCGUUCGCCAGGAACAAAACAUGUCAAACUUCGCAACGAUCUCAACAACAAGCUCAACUACUUUAGAUCGCACGAACGCCAUUCAUGAGGUUAUUAAAACCCUGCUCUCGGAACAGGGUAGUGGCGACGAUAUUCCACAGUCUUUUAGAGAGACAUCUACCGGCGGAAUCGAGGUCUGCCUAUUGAAAGAGAAUAAGGAAUUGACGAAAAAGAUUCAAUCCGUACAACGACCCGCGGAGCCAACCUCCGUCGCAUGGGAUGUGGAUAUCAGUGGCCCCCUCAAAGUUGCUAUAGCUGCGCCUGGUGAUCUUUCUACAAUUCACUUCGUAGAGGAUCCAUCGCCCGGGAGUUUAGGUGUAAGCGAAAUCGAGGUUGAAGUGAAAGCAGUUGGUCUCAACUUCAAAGACUGCCUAGCGGCUCUAGGCACAGCAAAUGAGAAGAGUAUUGGCAGUGAAAUUGCGGGAGUCGUAACUCGGACUGGUCUCAACGUCAAGCACUUCAGGCCAGGCAACCGUGUCUGUGGUUUCGCUACAAACGGAGUUCGGACCCUUUUCCGUAACAAUGCUCAGUUAUUUUCUCUCAUUCCGGACUCUUUAACUUUCACCCAAGCAGCUUCAAUUCCAGUCAAUUUUGCGACUGCUCUGUAUACGCUCCAGACCACCGCAAGGGUUGCAGCGGGCGAAACCGUGCUCAUACAUCGCGGCUCUAGUGGAACAGGCCAGGCCGCUAUCCAGGCCGCUCUUCAUCUCGGGGCAACUAUUUUCGCAACAGCUGGAACUCCGGAAAAGCGUGAGCUAUUAACCACUGAAUAUGGGAUCCCCCAAACGCACAUCUUCAGUAGCCGGGAUAACAAUUUUGUUGCAGAGAUUCAAUGUCUCACUAAAGGACGAGGUGUUGACGUUGUUCUAAAUUCGCUCGCUGGAGAACAAUUGACAGGUUCCUGGGAAUGCAUUGCACCUUUUGGUCGCUUCAUCGAAAUUGGCCGCCAAGGCGUGCCGGCCGGGGCACAGUUGGAAAAGAAUUGUUCUUUCACUACGGCCGAUCUAGCUCAUAUGUAUCGAGAGCGCCCGUUACAAGCCUCGAAGAUGAUCGGCGACGCCUUAAGUCUUUUUGAAAAGGGUGUUUUUCGACCGCUGCAAUUCCACCAGUUUCCAGUUUCAGAGGUUAUAGAAGCUUUGAAAUUGAUUCGCGGUCGGAACAUGAGCGGAAAGAUAGUAGUAAAUAUUGAACGAUCCAUGAAGGUCCAGGCGAUACUGAUGCCCAAAAAACAACGACUAUUCUUUUCGGAUGCAUCUUAUGUUAUUGCUGGUGGGCUGGGUGGUCUUGGGUGCGAUAUUGCUCGCUGGAUGGUAGACAGAGGCGCACGUCACUUAAUUCUAUUGUCGCGAUCAGGUGCUCGCACUGAAACAGCACGGGCGUUGUUGACAGACCUCAAAAACCUCGGCGUAAAUUGCGUCACACCAGCCUGCGAUAUUUCUAGCUUUGAAUCCGUUAAAGAGACUUUGGAAAGCCUAGUUGGGGUUGUGCCCCAAGUUAAGGGUUGCAUUCAAGCUAGUAUGGUCCUAAGAAGUGCUUUGUUUAGCAAUAUGACGCACUCCGAGUGGAGUGAAGCUCUAGCCCCUAAAGCCUCUGGAAGUUGGAAUCUUCACGCACUUUUGCCUGAAGAUAUGGAUUUCUUCAUUCUUCUGUCUUCGAUUCAAGGCCUUAUGGGGCCUCGAACGCAAGGGAAUUAUGCUGCUGGCAAUACGUAUAAAGACGCUCUAGCACAGUAUCGUAUUUCACGAGGCCUGAAAGCAGUAUCACUGCAACUCGGAUUGAUGGACAGCGAUGGGUACAUGGCAGCCGCGGAAAAUGAAGAUGAAAAGCGCAUGAUGAUGGCUCAGAACUCCUUCGUGCCAGUUCAACGCCUAGAUUUCCACGCCCUAUUAGAGCAUUAUUGCGACGCCACUAUUCAAAUACAACCAGACCAGGCACAACUCGCUCUGGGUAUCAAGUUGCUCCAUGUUGAUCCAGACCUUGACCCACUUGGAACGAGCUGGGGAAGAGACCCUAUGUUCCAGGAAUUGCGCCGUCUUGAGGCUACUGAGGGAGUUCCUAGUGGAGCAACCAAUAGCAAGGAGACCGUGAUACAGCUUGCUGCCGCCAGGUCUGAUGAAGAGGCAGCAGAUGUGGUCAUAAAAGCUUUAACUGAAAAGUUGGCUUCUAUAGUGUACGCUAAUGGGGCAGAUGCAGACAAUAUUGACCGAAGGAGGCCGGUUCAGGCAUACGGGGUGGACUCACUUCAGACAAUGGAGCUACGAGGGUGGUUCUUGAAGACUUUCCGGUCAGAUGUGCCAACUUUCGAGAUCUUGGGUGCCCCAAGUCUGAAUGCGCUUGCACUGAUAAUCGGUGAACGAAGCACCCUUCGGAUAAAAUCCCCUUGA